AUGUGCGGCCUUAAUCCGGAUGAAGAGUUCUCCAAGGCUGUGACUCGGAUGAGCCGCUGGAUUGAUCGGCGGCGGCCGCGAUACCUGAGUGACGUCGAUCGGGAAUCAGUGGAGAAAGACCCUGAACUGCUCUCGGCCAUACGCUGGCAACUCGAGUUAGAGACCCAGUGCGGUGGCCGCCCUCAUGACCCAGCGCCGCGGGCGAUGCUGAAGGACCAGAGACGUCAAGUCCAAAAUUUGCGCCGCCGUUUGCAGCACAAACGGCGGAAGGAAAUACGCCGUGAUUUCAGUCGGCAACAGGCGGUGAUUGACAUUGAAAGACAGCUGACCGGCGGGGCUGUCAGCGAUGAGCCUGCGCGCGAGGAAGGAGUUUGCAAUGCCAUCGGAGCAGAUCCUUCUCGUGGAGACAUUCUUUACUUGGCCCACCACCGAUUCAUUAGAGGAUGA